AGCAGCGAGUCAAGAUGAGAGUUCAGCCGCGGCGGCAGCAGCAGCAGACUCAAGAAUGAACAAUCCGUCAGAAACCAGUAAACCAUCUAUGGAGAGUGGAGAUGGCAACACAGGCACACAAACCAAUGGUCUGGACUUUCAGAAGCAGCCUGUGCCUGUUGGAGGAGCAAUCUCAACAGCCCAGGCCCAGGCUUUCCUUGGACAUCUCCAUCAGGUCCAGCUCGCUGGAACAAGUUUACAGGCUGCUGCUCAGUCUUUAAAUGUACAGUCUAAAUCUAAUGAAGAAUCGGGGGAUUCACAGCAGCCAAGCCAGCCUUCCCAGCAGCCUUCAGUGCAGGCAGCCAUUCCCCAGACCCAGCUCAUGCUGGCUGGAGGACAGAUAACUGGGCUGACUUUGACGCCAGCCCAGCAACAGUUACUACUACAGCAGGCACAGGCACAGGCACAGCUGCUGGCUGCUGCAGUGCAACAGCAUUCCGCCAGCCAACAGCACAGUGCUGCUGGGGCCACCAUCUCAGCCUCCGCCGCCACGCCCAUGACUCAGAUCCCCCUGUCUCAGCCCAUCCAGAUCGCACAGGAUCUGCAACAACUGCAACAACUUCAGCAGCAGAAUCUCAACCUGCAACAGUUUGUGUUGGUACAUCCAACCACCAACCUGCAACCAGCGCAGUUUAUCAUCUCACAGACGCCCCAGGGCCAGCAGGGUCUCCUGCAAGCGCAAAAUCUUUUAACGCAACUACCUCAGCAAAGCCAAGCCAACCUCCUACAGUCGCAGCCAAGCAUCACCCUCACCUCCCAGCAGCCAGCCACCCCAACACGCACAAUAGCAGCAACCCCAAUUCAGACACUUCCACAGAGCCAGUCAACACCAAAGCGAAUUGAUACUCCCAGCUUGGAGGAGCCCAGUGACCUUGAGGAGCUUGAGCAAUUUGCCAAGACCUUCAAACAAAGACGAAUCAAACUUGGAUUCACUCAGGGCGAUGUUGGGCUCGCUAUGGGUAAACUGUAUGGAAAUGACUUCAGCCAAACUACCAUCUCUCGUUUUGAAGCCUUGAACCUCAGCUUUAAGAACAUGUGCAAGUUAAAGCCACUUUUGGAGAAGUGGCUAAAUGAUGCAGAGAACCUCUCAUCUGAUUCGGCUCUCUCCAGCCCAAGUGCCCUGAAUUCUCCAGGGAUGGGAAUUGAGGGCUUGAACCGUAGGAGGAAGAAACGCACCAGCAUAGAGACCAACAUCCGUGUGGCCUUAGAGAAGAGUUUCUUGGAGAAUCAAAAGCCUACCUCGGAAGAGAUCACCAUGAUUGCUGAUCAACUUAAUAUGGAAAAGGAGGUGAUACGUGUUUGGUUUUGUAACCGCCGCCAGAAAGAAAAAAGAAUCAACCCACCGAGCAGUGGUGGGACCAGCAGCUCACCUAUCAAAGCAAUUUUCCCCAGCCCGACCUCACUGGUGGCAACCACGCCAAGCCUUGUGACAAGCAGCGCAGCAACUACCCUCACAGUCAAUCCAGUCCUUCCUUUAACCAGUGCUGCGGUAACUAAUCUCUCUGUUACAGGCACUACAGACACCACCUCCAACAACACCGCAGCCGUGAUUUCCACAGCGCCUCCAGCUUCCUCAGCAGUCACUUCCCCUUCUCUGAGUCCCUCCCCCUCUGCCUCAGCCUCCACCUCUGAGGCAUCCAGUGCCAGUGAGACCAGCACAACACACACCACCUCCACUCCUUUGUCCUCUCCUCUUGGGACCAGCCAGGUGAUGGUGACAGCAUCAGGGUUGCAGACAGCAGCAGCUGCUGCCCUCCAAGGAGCUGCACAGUUGCCAGCAAAUGCCAGUCUUGCUGCCAUGGCUGCGGCUGCAGGACUAAACCCAGGCCUAAUGGCACCCUCACAGUUUGCAGCUGGAGGUGCCUUACUCAGUCUCAAUCCAGGGACCCUGGGUGGUGCUCUCAGCCCAGCUCUGAUGAGCAACAGUACACUGGCAACUAUUCAAGCUCUUGCUUCUGGUGGCUCUCUUCCAAUAACGUCACUGGAUGCAACUGGGAACCUGGUAUUUGCCAAUGCGGGAGGAGCCCCCAACAUCGUGACUGCCCCUCUGUUCCUGAACCCUCAGAACCUCUCUCUGCUCACCAGCAACCCAGUUAGCUUGGUCUCUGCCGCUGCAGCCUCUGCAGGGAAUACUGGACCUGUAGCCAGCCUCCAUGCCACCUCCACCUCAGCUGAGCCCCUCCAGACCUCUCUCUUCACAGCGGCCUCUGCCAGCGGGGCUGCCUCCACCACCACCGCCUCCAAGGCACAGUGAGCUGGGCUGAGCGACGCCGCCAGCCCCCUUCUUCACUCCGAGUGCAACUGGCUGCCAGCCUGGCUGAGACUGAAACACGUGAUGGGCUUCCUCUUGCCGUGUUGCAAGGGCAAGGGAGAGGAGGGAGAGAAGAAAAAACACAUGCCGGAAAAAAAGGAUGGAAAUGGGACAACAUUUGCCUAAU